CACACCCACCUGCCGUAAGACAAAGCGAAUGCGUCGAGCAUUCCACUUGACUUCAAACGCCUGCGCCACGCUGCGACUUUAGCAGGGAUCUUGACAAUCUCCAACGCACAUAGGUAUUGGUAAUAGGUGCAUGGAGGGUUUCUGCUUGGGCAGCUUGGCGUCGGGUAUCUGUGAGGGCCAUGGCAGCGAGCGUCGGCGGUCCCUCCGGCCGUGCCCCUCACCUGCCAGCCUGCAGCCUUGGCUUGACGUGAUAUGUGCCGAGCCUGAGGGCCUCUACGACAUGCCGGACGGCCUCUGCGGUGAGAUGCUGGGCCGCCGCUGCGUUAGUGCGAGCGGCACCGGUUGCGGCAGCAGCAGCAGCUGCGGCAGCCCAACGCCCAGCAGUUCUAGCAGCUGCAGCAGCGGCAUUGAGUCGUGUAGCAGUAGCUACAGCGCCACCAGCAGCGACGGCGCAUUCACGCAGUGGAGCUCUUGCUGUUCUCAGGGCCAGGCCAAGGCUAGCAAUCAGCACAAUGCGGCCGAGUGGCUAGCGGCUCUCAGUGCUAUCGAGCAGGGCGAUGCAAGAGAGAUGCUGGGGCCCGCGAGCAAAGCAGCCGCCUCAGCGGCGGCCUGCUGCUCGCCGUCUGAAACCGCCCAGUGGCCCGGACUUCAGCAGCACCCCCAGCAGGCGGCGCCCACACAGCCUUCAGGUGGCGUUGACUUACGCAGCCGGCGGCUCAGUCCUGGCCAGGCGUCUGCGGUGGCGUUGCCCGCCACGCCAACCACUCUGCUGUCAUCUGCGGCUCAGGGGUCGGACCCAGCGCCGCAUGCAGCAGAGGUGUGCGCGUCAGGCAUGACACCAGCAGCAGUCCCACUUCGUAGCGCAGCCCCGGCAGCAGGGCAGGCGCCAGCUGUCAGCCCCUGCCUUGAUUUCCUUGGCGUGGGGAUGGUGCCUGGGCUGAAGCCCCUUAACGUGCCACGGCACGUGCGGCACUUCGCGGCCGCCGCCAGCCUGCCUUCGAGCGCUCUCCCGCCCCUCAGCCCGCUCGCCUCCAACACCGCGUCGCAAUACUGCAGCGUGCACCAGGCGGCGGCGGCAUGCGUGUCACCACGACUGCUCUUCUGGCCGCAUCAGGGACAGCAGCAGCCAGCAGGGCCUUCGCUAGGGGUUGCGGUGUUGGGCUCAGGGCACCAUUCAGAGUGUGCUGUGGGCAGCGGUGCGGGCAGCCAGCGGCGUACAGGCCUGCGCAGGUCUCCUGGAUGCGGCGACCUGCGGCGUGUGGGCGUGGCGGCGGAGCAGGCAGCAGUGGUGGAUGCGCUGGUAGGGCUGGUUGUAAACGGCCUGUUUGAUUAGCGCCUGUAAGCUAGCUCCACGGCCGCGUCCGGGGUAAGGUUGUAUGAGCCAGUGCCGCUGGCCGGAAUGUUCGGCGGUGUUACUUUGUACGGUAAAGCAGAUUACAU